UCAUUCCUCUAUGAUGAUAAUAAAAUUAUAGAUCUAAAGCAGAAUGUACUAUCAAAAAUUGUCGAUGCAAUUUUUUAAUAACUAUUACAAGGAUUAAAAAAUUUGGGAAAUUCGAUAUUUCUUACUCUCAAUUAUUGCGUGUCCGACGAGACGACAGAUCUUCGAAACAAAAGUAGCGGGACAAGGUUUUUGGAUGUCAGGCGAAGCAUGCAUAUAUCUACUCGGGGCUGUCAUUGCGGUCAUGAGGGCGUACAGAAUGGCGGUUGACGUCGCGACGCCGCGUUGGUUUGCAGUCGUCUCGUCAGUUCGUCACGCUAUUUCUUCCAUUUCCUCGGUAGUCCCUAGCGAGCAUAAUACAACGAUGGGUCUACUUCUAUUUUUGAAUCUAUUCGAAUCCGUGAUAAUUCGAACGUUCGUCAACCGCUACGCAAACGCUAUAACUCUGCUCCUGCACCCUCGGAACAGUGCAGCUGACGUACGUCGUGCGUUUGCGAGCGGCAUAGAUCAGAUGAAAUAAUUUCUCGUUCAAAGAGAAGCGAAUUUCACGUACAGCAGUUUGCCCGCUCUGCCACUGAACGUUACUAAAAACAGAAGAAUGAAAUAAAAAAACACGAGCAACGGAGGAAAUAACAUGCAUGAAGUCGAAAAGGAGUACCGCCGUAAUUACGUCUAGAUCGUCAUCAUUAUAAAUGAGAUUGCACGUAUUCACGGUGCUGCGUAGGAACAUUAAUUGCCGGAAUUGGUGUAGCGGAAUAUGGUAUUAUAACAAGAAGAAAUAUCGUGUAGCUUCCUCCAAUAAGCAAGAAUGUUGAUCAUUAGGCGUUGAUACUAUUCAGACAGAAGUGUCCUGCCAUUGCGCUUCCAAAGCUGACCAGCUACACCUGCAAAAUGCCGCGAUAUAAACAGCGAAUUCCAAAGCUACAACAAGUGCCGGAUUAUCCACCACCUUAUUCUCAACAUGAGACCGAAAGUGUCCUGAAACCAGAAGAUGCCUCUUUCUCGCCUCCCGCACGUAAUAUAUGCUCCGUCUUCCUACGAACAGGAUUCUUUUUUCUCAUCAACGCACCGAAGCUGAAAAAUAUAAAUUUCACUCGAUUUUAUUCAUAGAACGAUAAUGUAUGAAGAGACUUAGAUUUACCAGCGGUUAAUUUUAAUUCAGCUGACGAUAUACCGGAAGUUCUGUCGACCGCGGGUGUUUCUUCUUCACGGUGUCGUUUCAGUUUCUACUGCGUUGGAACGGCCUUUGUCAUCCUGAUGGGUUUUUUCUUCGUCAGCGCUCUGUUUCCUUAUCCGAUGCAAGCGGCUUGCACCGUUACUUGGUACGUUGGAUUUACGACGAUCAUUUACCAUCGAAUAAUUUGUCAAGCCUCUCGGCCGCGAUCGAUCGUCGAAAGUAAGAGAGCAAAAUGAGCCCUGUUCAGUUUUCUGGACCACCCCAAAGUCUGAAUACUGAAUUUCUGGUGAGCUGCAGCGGCAUCUUCGAGCCAGUGUACCCCCAUAGAAACUCGAUAUCGCAGGAGUCGCGCGUUUGUUUGUCAUGGGGUUGGCUUAUGUUUGCUCUCUUGGCCUGGCUCUGGUUACAAAAAUAUACGUUUACUCGCAACUAGACACACCGCGCGGUGCUUUUUAACUUUAUGAGAAGAAUUUCAAGACCGAAAAUUCAUCUCUCGAAUCAACGCAAAAUUUAUAAUCACUGCAGCUUCUAGUCUCAUCCUCCGCAACGUCCCCACGGUCCUCUUCAACGCGUAUACGUGUGCAUGUGUAUUAUUUCUGUUCAUAAAAACACAGGAAAUUCGGCGAACCAUGUGAAUUCGUGAUGCAGAGGCUCCGGUGUCAGAUUCUCAAGUGGUCUUCGUGUCACGGUUGUGGUCCCCGGGGUACCAGGUGUUUAUAUUCGCUUAGCGAUCCAAGACCCGGUGAUAAUUCAACUAUAAAAGCCACGCACGUUACACCGAACAUCCGGUUGCUUGACGGGAUUAAAAUCACCUUCGAGAAAACUAUAAAUAACACCUGCACGGCCGUCGGAAAAUCGGAAUCCUCACAGUGGUUCGUAUUGUUUGACUACGGGUCGAACUACUGCAAUCUACACAACCUUGUAGCUGGUGCUGGAUUUGAUUUGGAUCAUGAUUUUAUUGAAUUAACUAACAACGCUAUUUGCACGCAGUACAAUAUGGCUUCCUGUUAACAAUAAAUGUCGAUUCAUAUUUUGUUUAUACUUAUCAGCAGAACAUUUUGUAUGAAAUAUAUUUUUAC